AUGGCAAGCGGAGCCACGCCAGCAGUGCUGACGGUGCAGCAGCUGAGUGCACGUGCCGCUUACAUCAUGAGCUCAACGCCGUGGGGCCGACUCAUGCGACCUGACGUGCGGUUACCACACGUCCAGGCAUUCACCCGCUUCCUGGAAGCUUCUCACCGCAGCCUAUUGCAGUCGCUCAAAAUCCCUUCCUCAGCCAUUUUCCACAGCUACACGUACCUGACGAACAGCUUUGCAGCGCAGCUCACCGUUGCAGAGGCAAGGCGGCUCAGGAGGCACCCAGCAGUGGCAGAGGUGGAGAGAGAUGAGAUAGUGCGAGUAACAUCGGUGCACUCCCCUGAGUUUCUCAAGCUCGACUCGAGCCUGUGGCCGGCAAAUGGUGGGCAGAGCAACGCUGGGGAGGGAGUGAUCAUUGGAGUGAUCGACACAGGGAUCUGGCCCGAACACCCUUCCUUCUCCAACCCUGACCCAAAUGGCGCUCCUUACUCCACUGCGCCCGUGCGCUGGAGAGGCGUGUGCACCAAAACAAAUGACUUCACGGCGUGCAACGGCAAGGUGGUUGGGGCGAGGUACUUCAUGAAAGGCAUGGAGCGGGAGUAUGGCAGGGUGGACAGCAGAUUGGAUUACCGGUCGCCACGGGACAUGGACCAGCACGGCACAUGGUGUGCGGGGUGA